AUGCUGUCCCGCGCGAUCCGGACUGGUGAUGCCGCCAUCGGCGCGGGAUCCCCGCCCUCGGAUGCGCACCACCGCUGGCUGAUCGGGCAAUUGCACGGCCAGCGCAACGGGCCCCGCCUGCUGGCACGAGGCCCGCUGCCCGGGGCAAGAUUGGAUGAAUCUCCCGGCGUCGUGGUGCGAUCGGCGGGGGAGGAUUCGAUUGGCACGGCCCUGGAAGGGCUGCUGGGGCCCGCGCCACCCGCGGGCGAGGAGGCGUCGGCGCCCGAUGGCCCGGAGGGGUUGGAUGAGGUGGAACUGGAGAGCGAGGCGGGGCAGGACUACGUCAAGCUGAGGGAGCUACUGCGCGAGGGGCUCUUCCGCGAGGCGGGCGACGAGACGCGGGCCCGGCUGGUGGAGAUGGCCGGGCCGGACGCCGUCAGCCGCAGAUGGGUGUACUGGUCUGAAGUGAAAUUCAUACCAAUUGCGGAUAUGAAGACUAUCGAUUCCCUGUGGCGUGCCGCCAGUGGCGGCAAGUUUGGCUACUCUGCACAGAAGGAGGUGUUCCUGAGGUGCCAAAAGCGCUGGACAAGGUUUUUCAAGGAGGUGAGCUGGACGACGGGCGAGAACAACAACUACCGGCAGUGGCCAGGCGGGUUUGACUAUUCUUUGGAGGCGCCCAAGGGCCACAUGCCACUGACCAAUUGCUUGAGAGGUACACAGUUGCUACAGGCCUUGAUGGAGCACCCAGCAUUCGAAGGCAUCGGGAGUGCCAGCGAGGCAGACCUGCAGGGGGGUGCCCUGCCAGACUGGAUGUAG